UGGUGUAUAAGGUCUUCGGAGUGUGAGGGACAUUUUAGUCAGACAAGUUAGCUAUUGCCGUGAUUUUGAAUACCAAGGAACCGUAUCUAUGGAGAUGUUAUCUACACGGAGAGGUUACUGUCAUCCUGACACAGUGACAGAGCGGGUUCAGACGGAAUAAAUCAAUUGGCUAAUCUCUUGUCUUUUUGUCCGCCGGGCGGCGAUGUCAGCUUUCUGCCUCGACCUGCACACAUCUACCGCCGCGAUUUCAGCACCACCCGAACUGGACAGCGACUGCAUGGCGCACCCACUGGAUCAGGACAACAAAACCCCACAAGAAACGGGAGGAUUUCAGGGCCACUCGCUGCUACACACCUACUCUGGAGGCCUCGGGAUGGCGUUGGAAGAGGAAUUAGCCAUGCUUACCGGGGAGCAGGACGAGGAGGAGGAGGAAGAGUUAUCCGAAUUGGAGACGCCUGUUAUUGGACAUAAUACAGACUUUUUGUCGCUCUUCCGUCAAAAGGAGAAGGACUUGGUUUUAGCUGCUAAACUCGGCAAGGCACUGCUAGAGCGAAACCAAGACCUGACUAAGCAAUAUGAGAAAAUGAACACAGAUCUUAACGAUAAACUCGAGGUAAGAAGCUAGUAGUACAAACACACACUGACAAAUACUGUAGGCUACCAUCAUGCCAGAUUCGAUUUUCAGUUCAUAGUUGUUUUGGCCAUCAUUAUUGAACUAAUGUGGUUAAGCAGUGUAUGUAAACACAUUGAACUGAUUAAGACUGUCCCUCAUUAUUGGUAAUGCUGUUGAGCAGACUUCACUCUUUAAACAACUGGCUUGACAGUGUUUUCAGACUGUCUACAACUUACAUCUACAGUAGUUCUCCUUACAGUGUCAUAACAGUCUAAUGCCUCUCUCAUAAAAUCAGAUUCUGGGCGCAAAACAGUACUCUUAAAGCAGACUGCUUUAUUUGUAUGAUUUUACUGUCUCACACAGACAGCACUGAAACAGUUGGAGAGGAUGAGUUCACAACAUCUUGCAGUGUCACUAAAGCCCUCAAACCCCAUAGAUGUCCGUUGCAUUUGUCAUGCUGACAGCAGAGCUUUUGUCCUUCUCAUCCGAAACCACCCACACCACUGCACUUGGCCUGGAGUGGAACAAAGGCUAAUCCCCUGUAAAUGUUCCAUGGGGAUGGUCUACUGUAUCUACUGUAGGCUACAUCUGCUCACAAAACUGAUCUCUAACAACAUAGUACUAUGCUAUGACCCAGUGCACGGUAUUCAUCAAGCUAUUUCAAAGCUUUUUAGGGGCAGUUAACAUUGUUCCUUUUCCUUUUACCAACUUCGUUUUGCCAACUGUGUUUUACUCCCGAUGAGGCCUCUUUGUUCAGGACUGAUUAACCAGCAUGCCCUGUAACCAACCAUGCCACCCAUCCCAACCCCCCAUACCCUGACCCCCUUGUGCUCUCAUUAAAAGCCCACCCUCAUCCCCUCAUCCCCUGCCUCAGCCUUAUAAAGCUAUGGAUAGAAAAAAGCAGAAGCUUUGUGCUAUCCUUUCAAAAAUCCAAGGACUAGUACUACUACUAGUCUCAGGCCUAACCUGGUCCCUCCAGUCCAGUAUAAUCUCUAACCCUGUCCCUUGUCUCCCCUCACCCACAGCACCUGGAGCAGGAGAAGCACGAGCUGCGGCGGCGGCUGGAGAACAAGGAGGGGGAGUGGGGGGACCGUGUGGCGGAGCUGGAGACAGACGUCCAGCAGCUGCAAGGAGAGCUGGAGCGCCAUCAGGUCCAGCUGAGAGAGGCAGACCGCGACAAGUCCACGGCCAUCAGGGAGCUGUCAGAACAAAACCACCGCCUGCUGGAGCAACUUAACCGGGUGAGUGGAGAUAACUGUCCGUCUGUGGAAACGUCUGUCGGUCUGUCUGUCUUUCUGUGGACCACUGGGACUCAACACUGGAUGUCUCAGUCUUCUGUGUUCAUUGCUGGAGAGGGUACAACUAGGUUCUCAUAUAGUACACAUACAUACACUCUGCUUCAAUCUUUUCCCCCAUGUUAACAUCUCAUGUCUUCAUCUCUCUCGCUCACACAUCACUAUAUGCUAAAUCAUCGAAAUUAAAGUGGAACGUUCACCUCUUAAACACUGAAUUUAGAAUGAUUGGGCUGGGGCAGCAUACUCCUUAUGCAACCCUCCUGUCAAUAUUGAUAAGUAACUACAGGCUGUUGAAACAGAUUUGAUAUCUUAGGCAACACACAAUCAGUUUUAAUAGCAUACGUGGUUAAGAACAGAGAAAGAGAGAAAUAAUUACAGGAUGACAGGGAGACUGGAGGAGGUAAAGGUUAAUUCAGGGCCACAUCCACUUUGUAGAGAGUGAUGGAAGUGUGAGGAGAAGCUGUCAUUAGCCCUGUUUAUACCUGGUUCUAUCAUGCGUCCUCAUCCUGAUAUUGUCCUGAUCUUGUCGGCAGGUAGCUUAGUGGUUAAGAGCGUAGUGCCAGUAACCGAAAGGUCGUUGGUUCUAAUCCCCGAGCCGAAUAGGUGAAAAAUCUGUCGAUGUGCCCUUGAGCAAGGCACUUAACCCUAAUUGCUCCUGUAAGUCGCUCUGGAUAAGAGCGUCUGCUAAAUGACCCCCAAAAAAAUAUAUCAGAUCACAAUGCGUCUUUUAAUCGUCUACACCUGUCUAAAAAUAUGGGCACAAUCAGAAUGUGGACAAGAUCCAGACAAAGGACACAUAAUUAGCACCAGGUAUAAACAGGGCUAUUGAUUCGACUCUAUCCAUGGCCUGUUUGGAUUGAUGGAGCUGAGCAACAGUAGGUAAUACUGUUGAUUAGACUCCCCUAAGAAGAUGGAUUUACUACAGCCCUCGGUCAAAUCACUCAAUCCUAACUAAUGAGGGAGGUAUUGCCCUGACAGCCUGACUAGCAGAGUGGUCAAUUCCUUUUAGGCCUAAAUCCCAAUGGAAACGAAUAGAAACUUAGGUCAGGAGGGGAGUACACAGCGCUUAUACCAACUUGAGUCGAGGUGCAGCAAAAAAAUCACAUGACUAUCUGAAAAAGAUCUGGUAAAAACUAUUUUUCAGAUAAACAUAAUGUAGUGGGUUCGCACUCAAAAAGAAAACGCAUAAAGCGUUUCGGCGUGUACGCUAUCCCUGAUGCAGUGAAAAUAAUUUUAAAAAAUCGAAUAAUGAAGUAAACUUUAUGCCACAUCUUUUUGAGUGCGAACCCACUACACCUUCUUGUUUAUCUGAAUUUGCGGGUUUUACGCACCAGCCAAGCUUCUGGGAGAGCGGGAUGGUUCUAUUUUGAUUAAAAACACUUUUUCCCAAUGGACAUUCAAUUCAGGACAAAAACACUCAAUAUUUCAUUAAUGUAUUAUCCUCUACAUCAACAGACUGUUUGAAAUUAUUUUACUGGUGCUGCCACCCCCGUGCUUCACGGUUGGGAUGGUGUUCCCCCUUUAUCCUCCAAACAUAACGAUGGUCAUUAUGGCCAAACAGUUCUAUUUUUGUUUCAUCAGACCAGAGGACAUUUCUCCAAAAAGUACGAUCUUUGUCCCCAUGUGCAGUUGCAAACCGUAGUCUGGCAUUUUUAUGGCGGUUUUGGAGAAGUGGCUUCUUCGUUGCUGAGCGGCCUUUCAGGUUAUGUCGAUAUAGGACUAUUUUUACUGUGGAUAUAGAUACUUUUGUACCUGUUUCCUCCAGCAUCUUCACAAGGUCCUUUGCUGUUGUUCUGGGAUUGAUUUGCACUUUUCGCAACAAGGUACGUUCAUCUCUAGGAGACAGAACGCAUCUCCUUCCUGAGCGGUAUGACAGCUGUGUGGUCCCAUGGUGUUUAUACUUGCGUACUAUUGUUUGUACAGAUGAACGUGGUACCUUCAGGCGUUUGGAAAUUGCUCCCAAGGAUGAACCAGACAUGUGGAGGUCUAUCAUUUUUUUUCUGAGGCUUAUUUAUUUUGAUUUUCCCAUGAUGUCAAGCAAAGAGGCACUGAGUUUGAAGGUAGGCCUUGAAAUACAUCCACAGGUACACCUCCAACUGACUCAAAUGAUGUCAAUUAGCCUAUCAGAAGCUUCUAAAGCCAUGACAUCAUUUUCUGGAAUGUUCCAAGCUGUUUAAAGGCACAGUCAACUUAGUGUAUGUAAACUUCUGACCCACUGGAAUUGUGAUACAGUGAAUUAUAAGUGAAAUACUCUGUCUGUAAACAAUUGUUGGAAAAAAUUACUUGUGUCAUGCACAAAGUAGAUGUCCUAACCGACUUGCCAAAACUAUAGUUUGUUAACAAGAAAUGUGUGGAGUGGUUGAAAAAUGAGUUUUAAUGACUCCAACCUAAGUGUAUGUAAACUUCCGACUUCAACUGUAGCUGUUACUAAAAGUGACUAGCUUUCCACUGACGUGAGGGACACGUGUGUCAUGCUUCUGUGCGUGCUGCAGGGAUAUAGCGAUGCCUAAAAGCUAGAACACCUAAACCUUUGAGAGUUGGUUAAGGUUGUUAAAUGGAGAAAGCUUUGUGUUGAUUGCAGUCAGAUAGAGGACCAGUCUCCAUUUUAAAGGCCCCAGGAGCUUCAGAUGUGGAGAUAGAUGGGUGUUGCUUGCUGAGGUGACACCAGUGACAGUGUUGUGGGUGUGGGUAACACUGCCUGUGGUGUGGUGCUGUCUGUCCUGGGAAUAGAUGUGAGCUGCAGUCAGGCAGAUGCUGCUUCCUUCCACAGCCCAGCAGGGAGCGAGCUAGCUAGCUGUCAAUGGCUGCUCCUGGCUGUAUGCUGUUACAGAUACAGAUAGAGUAGCAGCACCACUGUGUCAUACAGACCUGUUCUCCCUCCCAUUUCCAUCUCUGAUCAGAUUAAAGUGAAUUGCCUGUCAUCCACCAUCAGUCUCUGACCAUGGAUGGGUCGCUGAACUGGUCUGUUGCUAUGGAUCCUGCUAGGUACUUAACAUAAUUAAGUUGCAGUUGAUUUAAAAGCAGCCCUGGUUGAAAUGAAAUCGGGGUAGAUAUUUUUGGGUAGAGACUUGUGUAGGGCUUGGGGAGGGGGGGACAUGUUUCUUGACCUUAAUGAGCUAAUGGUAUUCAUGAGUCCUAAUUGAGAGUAUUGAUCAGGCCUGCGUGAAUCAAUGCUUUCGGAUUCCAGAGAGACCUCCUGUGUAAUAAAAUUAAUGAAGUGAGCCAUGGAAGUGACAGAAAUAAGAGAUAAUAUGUUGCAGGCUGCAUUAGAGAGCCUGGAAAAGGGUUAUAAUCCUAUCAUGUGGUUGACAGCUCUUCAAAGGGCCAUUCUCAAAACAAAGCUUCAAAGAUUACACUCACAACAACAAUGCACUCAUAAAAACAGAUUCGAGAGAGGAACUAAUGGUCUACCGUAAUCAAGUCUCAGAUUGGAUGCACCAGGAAUUAGCUUGGUGUGGCAGGGCUGGCCACAGUAAGUGAUGUAAAACGCAGUGUGUAAAAUGCAGCAUUGAAGGGAUUAGGUCAUAAUCCUGUGUAAUAGCCUUUCCUUAUAAAUCAAAUCAAAUACAAUUUGAUUUGCCACAUGCGCCGAAUACAACAGGUGUAGACCUUACAGUGAAAUGCUUACUUACAAGCCCUUAACCAACAAUGCAGUUUUUAAGAAAAGAAAAAAAAAGUUCAGUAAAAAAAUAGAUAAGUAAAAAAUAGCAAAUAGCAAAUAAUUAAAGAGCAGUAGUAAAAUUAAAUAACAGUAGGGAGGCUAUAUGCAGGGGGUACCGGUACAGAGUUAAUGUGCGGGGGCACUGGUUAGUCGAGGUAAUUGGGGUAAUAUGUACAUGUGGGUAGAGUUAAAGUGACUAUGCAUAAUUAAUAAACAGAGUAGCAGCAGCGUAAAAGAGGGGGUUGGGGUGGGGUGGGGGUGCAGUGCAGCCAGAACAACAACACUGCUCCAUACUGCGCUCACAGCUAAUUAAAAACUGUCACUCAACUAUUUUGUUUGGGUGGAGAAGAAACUAACAAUUUGGGAUGAGAGUCUGUGUGUGAGCCAUUGCCCCUCAUGUCAACGACAGUGCAAACCUGGCACUAAUACACUAGGACAUGGAAGCCAUUCUCUAUGAGCUAGACUUAAAUCUAUGAGAGCACACAUGUCACUAGCAAAUUCAACACCCACAGAACACAGCCACAUAGAGACACACACACAGACACGCACACAGACACACUUAUUACUCAUAGAGACGUUUCUUUUGAAACUACAGCAAACCCAGUGGUGUCUGCUGCUGUGGUAGGCUGGGCUGGGGUGGGAGCUUGGCCAAUCCCCUAGGGCAGGGUUCCUCAACUGGCGGCUCGUGGGCCAAAUGUAUUUUAUUUUAUUGUUGGACAUAAAAGACUGUAAAAAUACCUGCAAAUCAGCUCUAAGUUAUUUUAAUUUCGAGAAUCUGUUCCAAAGUAUUCCCACCCAUAGUAGAGAGAUACAGGUAACUGUCAAAAUAAAGGAAACACCAACAUAAAGUUUCUUAAUAGGGUGUUAGGCCAUCACGAUCCAGAACAGCUUCAAUGCACUUUGGCAUAGAUUCUACAAGUGUCUGGAACUCUAUUGGAGAGAUGGGACACCAUUCUUCCACAGGAAAUUUCCUCAUUUGGUGUUUUGUUGAUGGUGGUAGAAAACGCUGUCUCAGGUGCCGCUCCAGAAUGUCCCAUAAGUGUUCAACUGGGUUGAGAUCUGGUGACUGAGAUGGUUUACAUCGUUUUCAUGCUCAUCAAAUCAUUCAGUGACCUGUGCCCUGUGGAUGGGGGAAUUGUCAUCCUAUGGGGGCAUAGCCCAGCAUAAUGCACCUGCUUUCAAUAUGCUUUACAUCCCUCAUCUACUCAAGUGUUUCCAUUAUUUUGGCAGGUACCUGUAUAUGUGAUCAUAUAUAAAUGUAAGCAAGGUUUGAAAUUAUUAUGUUUUAGUCAAAUAUUAGAUAUGUUUGGGCUUCUUGCAGUCUACAUCCGCUCAAGAAAGAAUUGUCCCGCUGCUGAAUCUAGUUGAUGAUCCCAGACGUAGGGCCUAAUCUGAUCAGAGUGAACCAGCAGGGAGGGAACAUUUCUCUAAUUACAUUACAGCACACACUCAGAAAGGGGGAGACCUGACUCCAGCACAAAUGCCUGCAUGUUUUAUAAUCCUGAUAGAAUAAAAACCCAAAGUCUCUGUCAACGGCAAGAUAAUCAGACACCCAUAGCACAUCCAGUGACCUUAUUGGAGCUGCUUGAUUUAAGGCCAAUGUGUAGAUGGGGGGUAAUACUGUGCUCUGUGGGAAAACACUGAGGCUCUGCACUACACUGUGAUAAAGUCAUGGACCUCAACUAACCGUAAUGAGCUUUUUAGGCCACCUGUGGGAGUAAAUGUCAUUCCUGUUUAUCUGUUCUGUUGUAUUGUUAUCACAUGUUAAGGUUGAACACUGACACUUUUGUAGCUUUAAUGUGGCUUUCAGAGGUGUAUGAGUUCCUCAAGAGCCUAUGCACAUACCAAAGUUGGAAUAGUUACCACUUUAUUACUAUAUGUAAUCAUCAAUGUUAAUAUAUUAAUAUUACAUUAGAAUAUGUAAUAUGCAUACAUAUUCAAGGGAAAUUUAAAUUUGCAGUGUAUAAACUUAACAUGAUGAACAGGAAUGACAUUUACUCUAAUGGGUGGAAGCCACUCCUCCAAUAAGCCACACCUCCACUCUUCUGAUAGGCUGCCUCCUCUACAAUAUAUUAUUAAAAAGGUUCAAAAUUGAAGACCCUUUUCAGAGGGGUUCCUCAAGGAACCUUUUGGAACUAGAAAAGUUCCCACUGUUUGACAAUUUUUAGAACCUCAAAAGAUUCUUCCAGGCUCCUUUACUUCUAAGAGUGUAGGUCCAUACACUAGUAUACACUGUGCUAUAACUAAGGGAAAUAACAGAAACAUGGCUACCAAGUCACACAGCUCCACCAGUCAUGUCGCUCUCUCUCUGGUUGCUAUGACAACCUGGGUGUCACAUGUGACAUUCCAUGUGUUGCCAUGGGAAUGUGCUCUCUGCGUCACUGUGUGCUGUACAGCCAACCCAAUGUCAGGUUGCAACACAGACCCCCUGACAUGUACACACAUGGACUUGUGUGUCACGCCCUGACUCAAGGGACGUUUAUUUGUUGAGUCAGGAGGUGUAUAUUCCGUGUUGUGUUUGUUUUUUGUUAUAGUAUCUAUGAUGUGUAGAUCUAUGUUGGCCGGGGUGGUUCCCAAUCAGAGGCAGCUGUAGCUCGUUGUCUCUGAUUGGGGACCAUACUUAGGCAGCCUUUUGGCACCAGUCAGUUGUGGGAUCUUGUUCCGUAAAGGUAUGUUGUUUGUUAUGCUACCUUGGACUUCACGUUUCGUUUGUUGUUUUGUUGUGUGUUUAGUCGUUAAUAAAUAUGAAUGCAUAUCACGCUGCGCCUUGGUCCUUCUCGUUCAUGAACGAUCGUGACAUUGUGACGUGUCUACUGUAGCUUGUACUGUACAGUAUUGUUCUGCUUCCUGAGGAGAGGGCAGAGAGAGAACGAGGGAACAGAUAAACCAUUGGAAAUCACUGACUUAAUUAACUAUGUUAAAAAAUAAGGGGAUACAAGUGGUACAUGCCUAAAGGAUCCCCCUACCCCCUCUCAAUUGCACACCCAUAGGUGUAAGCAAGAACAUUUGCUAUGUUCUUGUAUUAUACGUACGCUAUGGAUUAGGCCUGUAUGUAGUGAAGAUAUGUUUCCUCUCCUAUCAAAGAUUAGUGUAAAUGAAAGGGUUUUGAGAAUCUUGUGAUUCUCCCUUUGAAAGAGAAUGACUUGGCACAAGGUACUGUGUAGCUCAGUUGGUAGAGCAUGGCGCUUGCAACGCCAGGGUUGUGGGUUCGUUUCCCACGGGGGGCCAGCAUGUAUGAAAAUGUAUGCACUCACUAACUGUAAGUCGCUCUGGAUAAGAGCGUCUGUUAAAUGACUAAAAUGUACCUUUGUGUCCGGACUCUGGAGGAAGAAUGAGCAUUACGCUCGUCUCUCAGUUUAUUGAGCCCUAGUUUGUUGGCCUGGAUUCUGUCGCAGUAGUCCGUUUUCCCCCAUGUACUGAUCAUGCUUGAUCUGGGAUCUGAGGAUUUGACGCUCAGAUUAAGGGGAAUAUCAGUAAAUCUGGCAAUCCACAGUGAAAUAUCCUGUUUCUCCUGUGAUCUCAAUCUGUCAGGCGCAGUGUGACACUAGGUCAAAUGUCACAUUCCCACUGUGACUGGGCAUUGUAUAAACAUCCACUGAGGAGAGAUACAUCAGUCAGGUCAGAGAGGAAGAGCUGUAUGCAUCAUCCUGGCCUGGUUAGGAGAAUGUGAAGCACAUUCAGAAUGGCAGAGUAGAGCUGGUAUGUGGUACACUAUGUCUGAAUGUCUAUAAAUACAUCAAAGUGAAUAUGAUUCUGCAUUUAGUAUAUGCUAUAUAUCAUUCAUCCCAUGCGUCACUGGGGACAACAAGAUGAAAAAUGGGUACAUGGACUUGGAUGUGGAAGUGAUUCAAUACCUUGUUGUAAGCAUAGUGCACUGACCAAACUCUUCCUGUGUUGGAGCAGUGUUAUGGUACAACUGAAAGUGUCUAGUUUACAGAUUGUUCUUCCCUUGGUUACCCAGACAGAAUACAUCAAUAUUACAACAUCUCUCUGAGUUACUUAAGGACACUUGUGCAUCAAGUGUGAAUGGAAGUCGCCCAUUUUUAACAGCAAACAUUACAAAGUGGACAUCUCUCCUCACCUUUAAAAGCGUUCCAAAAAGCACUAUGCCAUGCUGGUUCCAAAAACACGAACAGCUGUCCAAUGGGGAAACCAUUACCAUCUCACCUAAAUCUCACUGUUUAGGACUCAUUCUAAAACAGGGACAUGGCAUUAGAUAGCGGCGGUUGCCUUCUUCUGACCUGUCCCAUGCAGUCACUACUCACUACGGCCUCACCAGUCACCAGUGUGGCCAACACUGCAACCACUGACUGAAAUAACCUAUAAACAUCACACUGCUACCUAGAGGCAAACAUAUCAAACAUCCUGACACAGAUAAUAUCUUAGUAGCAAACAGAUGUAGAGAUUUGAUUCAACCUGGUUCUUAUUUGUCAGAGCUGCUAUACACCUGACCUUUGAUUGUUGACAGGAAUCAACCUGUUGGAUGAAUGUUCUCUAGAAGCUCUAAUGAGGACACAUAUCUAUUAGAUUCUACAUACUGAAGUGCCAUGAUGGAGUGAAAACUGUAGUCAGAGAAUUGUGUAAAUGAAUCGUACAGUGUGUACAGACAGUUUAUCAUAUCUCUAUAUUCUCAGUAAGACCUGUUAAGUUGAAUUUGUCUCCAGUGAAUAAAUCAAUGAUGCUUUGUUAUAUGGCAUUUAUAUUUCUCAGUGCAGAGGCUGGAGAGGAGUGAGAGAGUGGUAUCCAGGAUUCCACCGUCCAUUACCAUGUCAGUGAUGAUGACAAUCAGAGUCUGGGCUUCCUUAGUGCAGCCUCACUUAUGCUAAUGAAGUUCUGUCGGUCUGACUUUGUGAUCUGCACACGGCCGGUAGGCAGUGGGGUGAUCAGAACAGUCCAAUGAGCUCAGCCAGGGAAGGGGCUUCUCCUGCACUCUGCUGCACUCAGAAGGAGGGACCAAGCUCCAAAUGGAACAUUCCAGUUUCUAAAGGCCAAGAGUUACUCAAACCUGUGCUUUCACAGGAACAGCUCUACUGUGCAGCUGAAUGUACCAGUUACAGGAACACUGUGGUGACUCAGAGGUAACAGUGUGUCAAAUCAAAUAGCCCUCAAAGCAUUUACAAUGUUGGGUACUCACUCAGAACGUGUCUCACCAUUGCGCAAUGUGAAGUAUGUAAGGGGCAUUAGUGUGUGUGGACAAUAUGUUGUGAACAUUUCAUUGUGUGUGUGUGUGUGUGUGUGUGUGUCAGUAUUGUUUUGCAUAAGAAGCGAUGUCACGCUUCUCUGAAUCAAGCACUGGAGGGAUGAGUCAUGUUCUCAGAGCUGUAGUGAACACUAGGCUCCUUGGUGAGAGACGCACUCAAAGCAACAACAAAUAACAGGAGUUGCUCUACACUGAACAACAAACUCUGUGCUCUGCAGCCCUGCAUUAUACUGAACUGUUCUGAAUUAUGACUUUACAACACUACCGUUAUGCACUUUGUAUUAUAUGCAGAAGAUUUGUCGUCUGGUAAUGCCUUUCUUAAUUGCCCCUGAGGUAGUGAAUAAAGUUGAAUUGAAUUGUAUUAAUAACAAUGUAUUCAAUUAUUUCUUAAUGUCUUCUGUGCUAAUACUGUGUCUGGGGUGUGUUUUGUCUCCAGGCUACAGAGGUGGAGAGGCAGCUGUCCACUCAGGUCCACUCGUUACGGGAUGACUUCAGAGAGAAGAGCGUCUCCACCAACCAGCACAUGACACGACUAGAGAGCCUACAGGCUGAGGUGAGGCAUGCGAGGAGUCAUUUUUAACCAUCUCAAAAAUCAACAUCUUCUUUUAAAUUGAUUUCAACUUAACAGAUAUUACCUAUGAAAUAUAUCGCCAGUCAUUAUCCAAAGUUGUGUUGUUUAUUUAAAAUGUUAUUUUAAUGCGCUGUGUGUGUUUGAAAAAGUAAUAUCCUGAGAUAUUAGAAUAUACACACCUCAAGUUGUGCUUGCUAUCAAACUAAUUAAAACAGUUGAGUUAAGUUAACAAAAUUCCCCUAUCUGUUUUUCCUCCUUUUCUAUCAAUCAUUCACUUUCUCCCUGUUCCCCUCCUUAAUACCGUGAUUGAAUCCUUCCACUUCACUGGAGCAGCAAGGGCUAGAAGUGAGUGGUUAUAUUGGCUUGUCUGCAUGCUGCAUGUCGCAUGUGUGUACAUGUCCCACUGUACUGCUUUGGAGCAUGAGAUACUGUAGCCUACCAGGGGAAUAAACAGUAAUAUCAGUAAUGUGUAAUGUCAGCCAUCUAGCUCAGGGUCAUAGAAUGAUACCAUGACGUACAGUACAGUACAUAAUAACUCUCAGCCUCCUCUUUAAAAGUGCCUCUUAUUGGAGAGGAAUAACCCUCUGCAGAGACCGUGCUGUAAUUGGGUGAAAACGCUGCCGUUCUAUAUUUAGCUCAGAUAUACUGCAAUGUCUGGGUGUUUCCCAGGUUUGCAACGGGUUUUCUUAAUGUGACAAGGAUGGAUAUGUCACAGUUCUGCUAGACAAAGAAAAUCACAGCAAUGUCCACCAAAAUAUCUGAAGGACACAGUGAGAACAUAAAGCUACUAAGACGUCCACAUGAUGGCAAAGGCAGUGAGCUGAGCUGUACACACAAUGUCAGCCUCCUGCGCUGUCAAGUAGAUCAACAGAUGUAGGUCAAAGCAUGGAUGGGGGGUAAUGAGAAAGAAAGAACAAGAACUGAUGUUUGUUUAAUGAAGUAAGCUGCUCAGGCGGCUAGCGAACAUAUUACACACAAACUCUCCUUGUAUCUCUAGAAAUGUGCAAUGUUCUUGCAAUGUUAGCCUUCAGUCCAAGGCCACUGUAUAGACUGAUGAAGGAAUAGACUGUUAUCAGGUAUACUUGGAAUAUCAGCUUAUCACGGAGACAUUCCUGUAUGUGAGGGUAGCAGAAACCGUCUACGCCUAAUCGCCAAUGCUAGGCAACAAACAUUCUUUGGACCAGGAGGAGUACUUUAAUCUUCUGGAACAUUUGAACUCUCCUCAGAGUCAGGAGAGAAACAGGUUAACACUAGAGGGCUAACACUGAGUGCAGAUAGCUACCAAAACAGUUUCUCCUCUCUGCCCUUGGUUCCCAUAGCACAAUGUGUAACUUGGCUAUUGGGGUUAUGUAUUUUGUCAGAUUAAGAUGCUGUCGGAGCGUAAGAGAGAGAUGGAGCGUCAGGUUAACGCUGUACUAGAGGAAAACGAGCUACUGCAGAACACUGUUGACGACCUGAGGGAAGGGACGCUAGUGCUGGAGAAACAGUACCACGAGAAGGAAUUACAGGUACGAUCUCUGACGUUCUAUAGGGGUUUUGAUAGAACUGUUGUACAGUGUCAUAAUAUUCCUGAAUUAUGUGUGUAUGUUGGUGUAUAGAUAUCUGUGCAGUAGGAGUAUUUCUGAGUGUGUUGUGUUCAUCUGUAUGGUAUCAGUGCUCUGUGUUGACCAUUGUGUUGACUACUGUGUUGACCAAUGUGUUGACCACUGUGUUGACUACAGUUUGUUGACUGCUGUAUUGCUGUACAUGUCCAGUUACGGCAGAGCCAGCUGGAGCUCCAGGAGGUCCGGGUGUCCCACAGACAUCUGAGUGCCCGCUUUGAGGAGCUCACAGAAGAGAGAAGUCUACAAGGCCUCAGCCCACACCCUGCCAGUCUACUCUGUGAGAUAGAACAGAGCAUGGAGCAAGAGGAGCAGGAACAGGAGAGGGAGCAGGUACACACAUGCACACACACACAAGUACGCAUGCACACACACACAGGUACGCAUGCACACACACAGGUACGCAUGCACACACACACAGGUACGCAUGCACGCACAAACACCGUUGAUGAGAUAGAGUGGCAUACAGAGAAUCCUUGUUAUUAUAUAAGUGAUUUACAGUGUAUCACGCGAUGGUGAUAUAGUGGUGAGCAUAGCUGCCUUCCAAACAGUUGACCUGGGUUCAAUUCCCGGCCAUCGCAGCCAAACACUUUUUGUGGGCGGCAGGUAGCCUAGCGGUUAGCGCGUUGGGCCAUUAACCGAUAGGUUGCUAGUUCAAAUGUAAAAUAAAAAUGUAACCAUAAUUGCUCUAGGGAUGCUGGACAAUGGUGACCCUGGCCAAUUGACACGUGUUUUAAUACACACUUGUACAUGUGUGAAAUAGGACAAAUGUAAGUACCCACCAACUUAUUAUUGUUAUCAGCGGUCUUCGCUAAGCAGCUUUCCCUCUGUCUCCAGCUGCGUCUCCAGCUGUGGGAGGCCUACUGCCAGGUGCGCUCUCUCGUCUCCCACCUGCGAGGCAACGACAUCACAGACUCGGCCCUGUCCACUGACUCCUCCAUGGACGAGUCCUCUGAGACAUCCUCAGCCAAGGACGUUCCCAUGGGGAGCCUACAUACCAGUCUACUGGAGCUACGCAGACUCACACAGAACCUGCUAGACGGCAACGAGUCCACGGUACGGACCUUUCACACAGAUAUACUAUACAGAUAUACACUGAGUGUACAAAACAUUAGGAACACCUUCCUAAUAUUGAGUUGCACCCCCUUUUGCUCUCAGAACAGUCUCAAUUCAUCAGGCAUGGACUACAACAUGACUCCAAUGCUUCCCACAGUUGUGUCAAGUUGGCUGGAUGUCAUUUGGGUGGUGGACCAUUCUUGAUACACACAGGAAACUGUUGAGCGUGAAAAAUCCAGCAGCAUUGCAGAACUUGACACACUCAAACUGGUGCGCCUGGCACCUACUACCAUAACCCGUUCAAAGGCACCCUCUGAAUGGCACACAUACACAAUCCAUGUCUCAAUUGUCUCAAGGCUUAAAAAUCCUUAUUUAACCUGUCUCCUCCCCUUCAUCUACACUGAUUGAAGUGGAUUUAACAGGUGGCAUCAAUAAGGGAUUAUAGCUUUCACCAGGAUUCACCUGGUCAGUCUAUGUCAUGGAAAGAGCAGGUGUUCCUAAUGUUUUGUACACUCAGUGUAUAGUUCCUCCAUGCAUCUAAUAAAGAGUGUGAAAUAUUUGAUACACACUCAAAACAACUCAAAAUGGCAAUUGAAUUGAGUUGAAAUCACAAUUUAAUGAACCUAUGGGUGUGUUGUUGUGGUUGUGUGUGAACAGGGUUCUCGGCGGAGUGACGAGGAGGCUCUAGAGGACCACGUUCGAAAGCUUGGGGAAGAGCUGAGAGGAGUGAGAGAGCUGUACGAAGCAGAGCAGGAUAGAACACGGAACAGCCAAGAAGAGGUUCUACAACUCCAUAAUCAGGUACUACUGCACACAGAGCUUUAUCAUCAGUGUUGUUCUCAAACAAGAACACUUUAACACAGCGUUGUUAUUCAAGCAAGACACAUUAGAUGUGAUUUCUUAUUAAUGAGGCUGACAAUGUGUCUGAUAAGGGUCGCCUAUGUCAUUCCUCCCCUGUCCUGCAGAUGGCGAUGCUUUCUAUGGAGAUGUGCUCUUUACAGGAGGAGAGUGAGCGUAUGAGGGCCAUGUCUGAAGCACGAGACCCCAGUGAACAGCUCCAAAGUGCUAUACGAGAACGAGACGACGCUAUUUCCAAGUAAGACCACACAACAUAACUUAUCAUCUGGGCACAACCAAAUUGUGUGUGCUCCCUGGAUAAAAUCACUAAAUAAAAUCACUACCUAUGUAAUAGACUAGCAUAUAACAACAAUGAGUAUUUUUACAUUGAUCUCCAAAUAAGCAAACCAGUCAUAAACUCUCAUUCAGCAGAAUGAGAGCAAAGAGAGAUGUUGCAUGUCUCUAAGCUGUGUGUCUGUAUGUCUGUCUGCCUUACAGGAAGAAAGCGGUGGAGAUGGAGCUGGCCAAGUGUAAGAUAGAUAUCAUGUCCCUGAACAGCCAGCUCCUGGACGCCAUCCAGCAGAAGCUGAACCUAUCACAGCAGCUGGAGGCCUGGCAGGUGGGUCAGAGGUCAGAGGUCAUGAGGGGGCACACUAGGCCAUUCAUAGUAUGAGCUAUUAUUUUAUUCGAUUUAAAAACACAAUUCAGCCACACGUGUGUACACUGUAUUUAAAAUAAUCGAGGAUAACACAAUAAUGUUUAACAACUUAUUUCCAUUGUUACUGAAUGGACUGCCAAACUGAAUGGGCUGUCAAACAGAGAUAUAUAUUAACAGAUAUUAAUGUGUAUCUGAAUGACAACAUGUAUAAAUUAUAACAUUCACACAGGAAUUAUCAUUCUUAAUGUGUACUGUAUUUUAUUCAUUAAAUAAGAGUAUACUAUUGGACUGAAAAUAUGUGUAUGGUGAUCUUUUCCCCACCACAUCCUGUCCUCUCCUCUAACUUACCACUGUCCAAUGUGUGUGUGUUAACAUGUACAAUACUGUAUGUACUCUGAGUCGCCAAUUUACACUAGUGUCUGAAGAACUAAUACACUCCUCAAUGAAACCUAACUGAGUUUCAACCUUGGGUUUGCAUUGAGCAUACUGCAAACAAUUAAGCAAGUAGGACGAGUAGCUAUCUAACUAAAUUGAGGACUCAGUGUAUGACUUUUCCUUCCCUUCCUCACCCGUAACUAGCAGCUCUUUCCUCUCUCUUUCCCUGGCUGCAGUUUGCCUCCUCAGGGCUCUUUACUGUGUGGCUCUUGUGGUUUCUGAUCUAGUGGCCUUUCUCAGCUUCCGUACCACCCUUUCUCCCCUGUGGUACCCCCCUCCUGCCUUAGAGGUGAGCCUAGGUGUGCCAUCUCGGCCUGAUCCUGUCCUGUGCCACUCUUCCAUGCCAUGCUGAGCCAUUCCAUGCCAUGGCCUGCUGACUCAACAGAAAUGCGCUCACCCAUUCUAAGCCAUUCGAUCACCCAAAACCACCCACUUCCAUGCCAAUCUGUCACCCCUUCCUCCUGCCUCCUGUUUCUCUUCUCUAAAAACCCCUGUCCUCUUUAACAUCCCCUCCCAUUCCCUUUAUUUCUCUAUCACUCUACUGUGCUCACACUCUCUCUCUGUCACUCAUUCAUUCUGUCUUUCUCUGUCUUAGGAUGAUAUGCACAGUAUGAUUGAUCAGCAGCUCAUGGAAAAGCACCAGGAGGAGUGGAGGGUGACCCCCUACUCCCUCGCUGGGUCCUCCGGGGGCCCCUCCGGCCAGUCCUCCAGACGAGCCCAUCGCCUCUCUGAUGGAGACAAGAGGCUCUUUUCCUUCUUCAAAAAGAAAUGA